GAUGUAAAUAAAAAAAUAUAUAACUAAAUAACGCUUAUUCGCUCAGGCACGACCUUGCCGCUGCCGCUAUGAGCGGAGACGCUGAGCGGCGGCGCAGAGUAUUGAUUAUUAAUAGUUAAAAACAGUGAAUAGCAGUACACCAACAUAACUUGUAUUUUCCUUCACAUCCAUUAUGUAUCUCCUUGCAUCGUAUAUACAUAUUAUAAUAAAAUGAACGAAACGAAUCGCUGUUUAUAGUGAAAACGGGUGUGGUUUUUAUUGAGCGAAUCGCUACAGCGGCGCGCGGCGCGGUACGGGGUGCGGCGGGAACAAACGAACUAUCGAAUGAUUUCUAGCCGUGAAGCCGAAAUACAAAGCGGACAGGACAGCGAUUUGCAAGGGUCGGUUUCACGGGGAAUUAAAUUACUGUAAAUUAUUUUAAAGGAAUUAUGGUGGAAAUGAAUACUGAGAAGUUUAUUACCGAAAUCUUUAAUCGACCGCCUAUAUGGAUGUCGAAACAUCCACAGCAUAAACUCAGACGCACAAUUAAAAAGUUGUGGGACGAAAUAAAACAAUUUUUUCCACCAUAUGAUGUUGGACAAUUAAAGAAAAAAUGGAAAAAUCUAAAAGAUUCAUAUAGAAAAGAAUUAAAAAAGAAUCAGCCUUCACGCUUUGCUAACUUAGGACUAGACAAUGAGGAACCUACGCCGCAGUGGAAAUAUUUUAACUUGAUGACAUUUUUAAAAGAAGAAGUUUUGCCAACAGACGAUGACAUCAAUCUUUCUGACAAUGAUGACCAAGAUUUGGAUAGUUCUACAUUACCUGAAGAACAGCCUAGUGUAGCGACGACCUCUCCCCAGGCUAAACAAUCCGAAAAACUUGAGUCCCGAAAACGUAGAAUAAAUGAUCUUCGUGUCGAAUUCUUAGAAAUCGAAAGAAAAAAAAUACGAAUGUUAGAAAAAGAAUUAAAAAAGAAUCGAACGCCUGAUAUUGAAAAAACAGAAGAUUAUUAUUAUCUUAUGAGCAUUUUACCUGAAAUGCAAAAACUCAGUUCUAUUCAGAAAAUGAAAGUAAGGAAUAAAAUAAAUCAAAUUAUUACGGAUGAAAUGGUUUUGAACACAUUAGGACAUUCCACAAUUGAUUACGAAUUGAAAUCAACCUCAGAUGUUGGCAUCGGCAGUGCGACAAUGCAGCAUUUUGAACAAAUGGAUCCGUAGCUAGUCAAAUUUUAUACACUCGAUACUCCAUUUUUUAAGUUAAUUAUAAGUUACUGAUUAGUGAAAAGAAGACUGAUUAUGAUAAAUGGAUAUAGAAUCAUAAAGCCUAAAUAGGAUCAUUGGGUUUUAAAUUUUGUUUAUUAAUAAUGAGAAGAAAGAAAAAAAGAUUGGCACUUACCAUAUGGGAAGCAUUUUUUCUUGACCACCUUAUUAAAUCUGAUGUACUGUUUUAAAUGUACUUCUGUUUGUUGCAGAACGCAGAAUAUAACUUAACUCUUUAUUGUUUACUAAUAAAAUUUACCUAGAUCUUUUAUUUAUUUCGUAUAAAGCACAUCAUUUACUAAUUAACACCGAUCUUUACAUUAAGUUCGCGCACUCGUUUUAUUUUAGCAGUUAACUAUAACUUUGAAAAAAUGUAGUCAUUUCCAAUUUUAUAAUAUUAAAAGACUAUAAUUGUGUGGUUCUGACUACCUAUAAAAUGUCUUCAACGCAUCGAUAACCGCUACUGAAAUUAGGUUCUAUGUACACCCCUAUUUCUGACUAGGUUAGUGGUUAUUUG